AUGCUUUCAACUCUAGACCAGCGACUUGCUGGUGCAACCCGUGAAGAUAUCCAGUCGAUCCUGAACACCGGAGUCAAUGGGUCGACCUCCAACACAACACCAGAGCAGGUUACGAAUGAUGACUCCAAUCGUAAGUCAGUCCCCUUCCCGGUCGCAAUUGUCGGUAUGGGUAUGAGAUUACCAGGAGGCGUCAAUUGUGGUGAACAAUUCUGGGAUUUUCUCGUCUCCAAAAAAGACGGUUUGUGUAAAGUCCCGGAAUCUCGAUAUAAUGUCGAUGCGUUUUACAAUGAGCAUAAUCCUGGAGCAGUCCGAACACAAAAUGGCUACUUUCUCGAGCAAGACAUUGGCUGUGUUGAUGCACCUUUCUUUUCCAUGAGCAAGGUGGAAGCAGCAAAACUGGAUCCACAGCAGAGGCUUCUGCUAGAAGUGAUCUGGGAGUGCAUGGAAAAUGGUGGCCAAGCAAACUGGCAAGGCAACGAUAUUGGUUGUUAUGUCGGCGUGUUUGGCGAAGACUGGCUUGACCUGAUGAGCAAAGACUUGGAGCGCCAUGAUAGAUACCAUGCAAUGGCAACGGGCGAUUUCGCCAUUGCCAACCGCAUAUCAUAUGAGUUUGAUCUUCAUGGUCCUAGUAUGACCCUUCGUACAGGUUGCUCAUCCUCCCUGGUUGGACUUCACGAAGCAUGCCAGGCCUUAUACUCUGGCGAAUGCUCUUCAGCCCUGGUAGCCGGAACAAAUCUCAUAAUCACCCCAACCAUGACGACGGCCAUGUCAGAAAACAUGGUCCUUUCGCCAAGUGGUAUUUGUCGAACAUUUGACGCCGCUGCAGACGGCUAUGGACGAGGAGAGGCCGUAAAUGCGAUAUUUAUCAAGCCACUCGACGCUGCGUUGAGAGACGGAGAUCCAGUCCGAGCGGUAAUUAGGUCCACUGCAGUCAACUGUGACGGUAAAACUCCAAGUAUCACAACUCCUGGCUCAAAGGCCCAGGAGAGCCUAAUUCGACGGGCAUACCAAAAGGCAUGCAUUGAUAAUGUUCUGGAAACCGGCUUCUUCGAGUGUCAUGGCACAGGCACCAUCGUCGGCGAUACAUCCGAAACAUCAGUGGUCGCCAACAUUUUUAGGGAAAAGGGUAUCUAUAUGGGAGCUGUAAAACCGAAUGUUGGACAUUCUGAAGGAGCAUCAGGCAUCACCAGUGUCAUCAAAGCAGUCCUGGCUCUUGAAAAGCGGACGAUUCCCCCAAAUGUCCAUUUCACAAAACCAAAUCCUAAUAUCCCAUUCAACGAGGCACAAUUGACCGUUCCCGUGGAAGCAACACCGUGGCCAAGUGAUCGUCGUGAGCGCAUCAGUGUCAAUUCCUUUGGAAUCGGAGGAACAAAUGCUCAUCUUAUUCUUGAUUCUGCGGCGUCAUUCUGCCCUCCAACCCCCCAGCAAAAUGAACUGCCGGAAGGGAAGCCACACCUUCUGGUUCUUUCCGCAAAAAGUGCUGCCUCACUAGAGAGCAAUAUCGAAGGCUUGAAGGGGUAUCUUGAAAACAAGCCAGCAUUAAAUGAUCUUUCCUAUACACUUGCCACGAGAAGGGAGCACUUACCACACAGAGCGUUUACAACGGUAGAUGCAGAUGGAAGUCUCUCGCCGUUUGUCACAUCUCGCACUUCUCCUUCUAGUAUCGCCUUUGUGUUCACCGGGCAAGGAGCGCAGUGGCCUGGCAUGGGCAGAGAAUUGAUCCUGAAAGUUCCAGAAUUCAAACAAGAUAUUGAAUCAAUGGAUAGGGUGUUGCAGGGAUUGGAAAAUCCACCCAGCUGGACUAUCGAAGAGGAACUCCUAAAAGAGGAGAGUCAAAGUCGUGUCCGUGAGCCGGAGCUGGCACAACCUCUCUGCACCGCUAUCCAGAUUGCCUUGGUCAACCUGCUCCGGACAUGGGGCAUCGUUCCAGAAUCAGUGGUCGGCCAUUCGAGUGGAGAGAUUGCCGCAGCAUAUGCAUCAGGAGCCAUUCCAGCAGACUUUGCCAUGAUCAACUCAUAUUUCCGGGGUCAAGCCACGGCAGCCCUUCCUGCUGGCCUCUCGGGUGCAAUGGCAGCUGUUGGACUGGGCUCGGAAGAUGUUAAACGCUUUCUGAAAGAAGGCGUGACGGUUGCUUGUGUAAACAGUCCUCAAAGUGUCACAAUAUCUGGCGACGAACAGGCUGUGCAGGAAAUCGUCGAUCAGAUCAAAGCAGAUGAUGAGGACAUCUUCUGCAGGCGGCUGGCAGUUAACGUUGCUUAUCAUUCACACCACAUGGCAGAACCAGCGCAGUCAUAUCAAACGCUUCUUGACCCCUAUAUGAAGCACAACCAGUCAAUGAUACCCUUUUAUUCAACCGCCACCGGGCAGACAAUCCGUGACCCUUCCCAUCUCAGCAGCUCAUAUUGGAGGCAGAACCUCGAGUCUCCGGUGUUGUUCGAUGGUGGAGCCCAGAGAAUUAUCGAUGACAACUACCUCCCCACUUUGUUCCUCGAGAUAGGCCCUCAUUCCACUCUUUCCGGGCCUCUACGCCAAAUAUUUAGCGGCAAAAAUCAAGAGGGAAACUCCGAACCUCUAUACGUCCCUACACUGAUCAGGAAAGAGGACCAAUACCAGAGUCUGCUUGCUACAGCUGGUAGGCUUCAUGGCUUUGGCGCUUUGCCCAAGCUCAGUGCUGUAAUUCCGGAUGGAAAAGUGCUAACGGAUCUCCCACCAUAUGCAUGGCAGCAUGAAGAACGAUAUUGGGAUGAGCCUCGUGUAGCUCAUGACUGGAGAGUCCGUCAAGCAUCGCAUCAUGAGCUUCUUGGUGCACGAUCCCCACAAUCAAGUGAUAUUGAACCCUCCUGGAGAAAUCUACUCCAGGUUGAGCAUGUUCCAUGGCUCAUGCACCAUCGGAUCAACAACGACAUCGUGUUCCCAUGUGCUGGGUACCUUGCAAUGGCUGGUGAAGCAAUUCGCCAAAUCACAGGGUCCAGUGACUACUCAGUAAGAAAUCUUUUCAUGAGAAUGGCACUCGUUAUUGGAGAAUCGGACAAUGUCGAGAUUGUCACCAGUUUGAGACCAGCAAAGUUAGCCGACAAUAUCGACUCGGCCUGGUAUGAUUUUACAAUAAGUGCUCAACAAGGCAGCUCUUGGAGGAAGCACGUUAUCGGUCAGGUCAGGGCAGGCCCAGACAAAAAAUAUGAUUUGCAUCCGGCACAGCAAUACUCAAGAACGGUUGAUGCCAGAAAAUGGUAUACAGCACUGGGGAAGCGUGGGUUGGAGUAUGGACCAGAAUUCCAAGGGCUACAAGAAAUUUCAGCAAGUCCAACAGAGAACCGUGCUGCCGCCACAAUGCAGGAUCGACAAGAGCUCCAGGCAUCUUCUACAUAUGCAAUUCACCCAGUUUGCAUCGACCAAUCCCUGCAGCUUCUUAGCGUAGCAGCGACCCAAGGUAUCGCGCGGCGGAUGACUCAGUUGUGCAUACCCAUUGCCAUUGACGCGGUUUAUAUCAAAUCAAGCCAAGGGCCUAUGUCUCUUGAUGUUCUUUGUCAGAUGAUAAGCGGUAACAUGUCGGGCAAUGCCACUCUAACAUCCGACAGCGAAGUUGUUCUUUCCAUCGAAAAGGGCUUUUUCUUCCGUGUCUCAGAUGAUUUGAUCAAUGGUGCCGGGGCCCCUCUGCUUUCAACUCUGGACUGGAAACCAAAUAUCGACUUUGUUGCGCCAGAGGACCAACUUCUUCCAAUUCCUUCGGGUCAAUAUGAUGGUCGUCGCACGGCACUUCAAACGGGUCUCAUUAUCAUUGAGACAUUCCACCUUAUCAAAUCGAUAAGUCCGGUUUCUGAGCACCUGCAAAAGUAUAAAGACUGGAUUGGGGCCCAAUACGACAAGAUUGUGAACGAGUCGCCAGAGUUGACGCCCGAGAUGAGAUCCGCCAAAGAGUACCUCGACUCCCCUGAUCGGAUGGUGAUCGCGAGAGGCCUUUUCGACAAAUCGCCAGACACACAUCCAUUGGUUUUUCAUGCCAACAUUGUUGCGGAGAGAGUUCUUGAUUCCAUUCAGGAUAUCCUUGAAGGCCGGUCACAGCCGCUUGAGAUUCUCAUGGCCGAUGAAAACCUCAGUGGGAUUUAUGAGCAAAUCGCUCUCCUAUCCGACUGGGAUUCAUUCUUGUCACUUCUCAGUCACUCCAACCCAUCACUCAGGGUUCUAGAGAUCGGAGCUGGAACUGGUGGUGCUACCUCUCUGGCAUUAAAGCCUCUUCUGGACUGCAAGGCGGGCCGCAGGUUCUCCAAAUACACAUUCACGGAUAUAUCGCCAGGCUUCAUCCCGGAAGCCAAGGAGAAAUUCAAGAACUAUCCCGGAUUAGAAUACAGUGUUCUCGAUAUCAGCAAAGACCCAACUGAACAGGGGUUUGAGCCAAACAGUUAUGACUUGGUCAUUGCAGCCAAUGUCUUCCACGCGACACCGAGUCUCUCACAGACUCUGUCCCAUGUUCGAAAGCUUCUUGUACCUAACGGUAGGCUUCUGCUCCAAGAGCUAUGUCCUGGAGUCCCCUUCAUAGACUUUAUCAUGGGAAUUCUUCCCGGCUGGUGGCUUGGAGAAGCUGAUGGCCGCAAAGACAAGCCUUACGUCUCUCCGGAAAGGUGGAACGAUGAGUUGAUAAACGCUGGCUUUACGGGCACUGAUAUUGUGCGGUACGACAACGACGUGCCCUAUAACUCCAACGCCACUAUGCUCUCCACGGCUGCGGCACCUCGGGACCCUAGCAAGGGAAAUGUAGCCUUCCUUUAUCACACAGGCAUCAAGGAGUGGACUCGCUCGCUAGAAAAAGCAUUUCUUGACGACGGCUACACCGUUGAAUGGUUUACUUUACAGCAGCCCCCUCCAUCAAGGAGUAAUAUCAUCUGUCUCAUGGAUUUAGCAGGUCCCUUUUUGGAUGAUAUAUCGGGCGAAGACUUUAAAGCCUUCAAGGGCUGGCUGUCAACCACCGAUGACUCGCGCAUGUUAUGGCUGACAAGACCAAUUCAAAUGCAUUGUGACGACCCUCGUUUUGGUCUGGCCUUGGGAUUUUUCCGCACAGUUCGAGAUGAGACUUCUCAUCUUUAUUCAACGCUCGAAAUUGACUGUUUUGACAUGGCUGCCGUAGCAUCCACAAAGAGAGUGUUCGAGCAUAUUGAAAGGCAAAAGCAAAGCCCUUGGCUAGCUCCAGACAGCGAGUUCUGUCUUUCAGACGGCAUGGUUCACACGGGUCGGUACCAAUGGGCCCCGCUUGAUGGCAGCCAGUUGCGAGGCAAAGACAACUCUUGUUCAUCAAAAGCUUUGGACAUAAAAACCUAUGGGAUCAUUGACUCUCUGCAUUGGGUCGAUACAACGUUACCCACGCUUUCGGAGGACGAAGUAGAGGUGGAUAUCUCUUAUGUUGGACUGAACUUUCGAGAUAUGAUGAUUGCACAUGGCCUCAUUGGGGAUUGCACCGAGCUCGGGUUUGAAGGCAGCGGCGUCGUUAGGAAAGUCGGAUCAGCAGUAUCACAUCUACAAGUGGGCGAUGGGGUCAUGGUCAUGGGUCUAGGUAUCUGCUCAACUCGAAAGGUGCUUCCUGCGCGUGUGUGUAGGAAAAUACCUGAAGGGAUUUCGCUAGAGGAUGCGGCAACUGUUGGAUGCGUAUACGCAACGGUCAUCCACUCGUUGAUCAACCUUGGCAAUCUCCAAAAAGAGGACACGGUUUUGAUACACUCGGCCUGCGGUGGUGUUGGCUUAGCAGCUAUUCAGAUAUGCAAAGUCGUGGGAGCAGAGAUCUUUGCCACAGUUGGUAAUGAAGAGAAGAGGAAGUAUUUGAUCGAAUCAAUGGGAAUCCCAGAAGAUCACAUCUUUGACUCGAGAAGUACAUCCUUUUUGCAAGGAAUACUCAACAAGACUGAUAGCAGAGGUGUUGACAUGGUCUUGAACUCUCUGUCUGGCGAGCUUUUGCAUGCCUCUUGGAAAUGCGUGGCACCGUUUGGCAAGAUGCUGGAACUUGGAAAGCGAGACUUCCUUGGCCAUGGAAAACUGGAUAUGGACAUUUUCCAGGAGAAUCGUGCAUUUUUCGGGAUUGAUCUCCACCACAUGUUCUACCAUGACCCCAAAUCCAUGAGGAGGAUCUAUGCACAGUUCGACGAGAGCUUCAAAGGAAAAGUUAUGCCCAUAAGACCGAUCAACGUGUUUGAUGCUGCUGAUGUAAAGGGGGCCUUUCGGCUGAUGCAAAGUGGCAAGCACAUGGGGAAGAUUGUAAUCAAGAUGCCAGAAGAUCCAGCACUGUUGUCCAUCUCGUCAGCCAGAAUGACUACACAAUUCAGACCCGACGCUUCAUACCUGUUGGUGGGUGGUCUUGGUGGUCUUGGGCGUGCUAUCACUACAUGGAUGGUCGAGAAGGGGGCGAGGAACUUUGUGUUCUUAUCUCGCUCUGGCGGAGAGUCUCCUAAUGCAAAGAGUUUGGUCAAGGAUCUCACACAGCAAGGUUGUCAGGUUACGGUUGUUGUGGGAAGUGUAGCCAAGUUCGAAGACGUGCAGAGAGCAAUUUCUGCAAGCAGCCAGCCACUUGCCGGAGUCCUUCAACUAUCAAUGGUUCUCAAGGAUAUUUCCUUUUCAAAGAUGGCACAUGAAGACUGGACGGAGGCGCUGGCGCCCAAGGUACAAGGGUCGUGGAAUCUUCACCAUGCACUCGGGGAAGCUAAAUUGGACUUCUUUGUCCUCUUUAGCUCUGUAAAUGGCAUUAUGGGUAACGCUGGUCAGGCAAACUAUGCUGCAGCAAAUACCUUUUUGGAUGCUUUCACCAAGUACCGGAAUGGAAAGGGGCUUGCAGCGAGCGUUAUUGAUGUUGGGGUCAUGGAGGAUAUUGGAUUCGUCAGCGAGAGCUCCCCGCAGACUUUGGAAAGAGCUAGGAGAAUCAAUCUUCACACCGUAACAGAAUCCGAACUGUUCCUGACCCUGGAGGUCGCAAUUUUCGCCCCGCGGGUGAAUGGACCAACGCAGAUGUCGAUUGGUCUUGGGACAACCAAACCUGUUACAGACCUUGAUGCUCACGGCAUGUGGUCGAAGGAUGCUCGGACUGGCUUUUGGAAAAAUGUUCUGACACUUGGAGAAAACCAUACGGACUCAGAAGGCUCGAGGCUUCGCGAAUUUAUGUCCUCGAUUGAACGCAACCCCGAGCUUCUGAAUGACCCCGAGACCGAAAAACGAAUUACUCGAGAAAUCGGACUCAAGAUAGCAUCACAGAUGUCCUCGCCGGACGAUAUGACGGACGAGGAGCUGGCUAUGAUCAAGAUCGACUCUUUGAUGACCAUCGAGAUUCGAAGCUGGUUCCGUCGACACGUAGGCAUCGAGGUCUCGCUGGGCGAUAUUGCAAACUCGGAGACAGUGGGUGGUUUAGGUAAACUCACCAUCAAAACCCUUCGUGAGAAACACACGUCCGGUAAGGGCUUUGAUGCCGACCUAACUGCACCUCCGACUGAAGAGGAUGAGCUCAAGCUCUUCCUGGAAGACAUGGAGCUUGGGAAAAGCAUUCACCCAAUUCCCACUCCGGCUCUAGAUUGGCGUUCGGCAUCUGAAGGAAGAGUCUUUUUGACAGGAGCUACCGGGUUUGUCGGAUCCUAUUUGCUUGUAAUGCUGGGCAAGCUGCCAUCUGUCAAAGAGAUUGCUUGUCUAGUGAGAGCCGAAGAUGUUACAAGUGGCAUGUCUCGGCUCAAACAGUCUGUCGGCCAGCAUGGUGUGGUCAUGGAUUUUGAAUCAAAGGUGACUGUUCUUCCGGGAGACUUGAGUGACGCAACAUUUGGCCUCGGACAGGAGCGUUUUGAUCAGCUUGCAGAAUGGGCAAGCGUGGUAUUCCAUUUCGGGUCGAUGGUCAACUAUAUUCUUCCCUAUUCGGAUCACCGACGACCUAACGUCCUCGGACUGACGCAUAUCUUGAAUUUUGCGAACACGAAGCGCCUGAAGCCAGUCCAUUACUGCUCCAGUAUCAAUGUCUGGGGUCCGUCAGGGCUUCUGGCCGGAAUGAAGAUACCAGAAAAUGAGCAGCCACCUCUGGAUAUGGCUUAUAUCAAGCAACAUGUCGGACAUACCCAAAGCAAGUUUGUCGCAGAAACAGUUGCUUGGAACGCCAUUUCAAACGGAUUUCCCGUGUCUAUCUAUCGAGCUGGUGUUGUUACCGGACACAGUGCCACCGGAAUCGGCAAUCCAAAGGACCUCUUCGCUCGAAUGAUGUCCAACUGCAUUCGCAUGGGAUUCUAUGCUGACCCUCCUGCGCAGCGUGUCCAGUCUGUCCCUAUCGACUUUGUCUGCUCUGCCAUUCUGCGCGUGUCCGAGUCCAACGAUAACCUCAGACAGGCUUUCAACGUAGUCCAGCCAGAUCAGGACCGGACAAUAAUGGCUAGAGAAUGCUUUCAAACCAUCAGCAGGCUCUGCGAUUCGCCCUUGCGAUGUAUCCCUGCUGCGGAAUGGUUAACCAAGUUCUCGGAAACACAAGGCCACAAUGAAGCCCUUGUGGCUCCUCUCCUUCGCGAGCGUCUCGAUAUUGGGCAGCUGUGGUGGGGGGACCAGGGUGAGACUAUCGCUCGUUAUGACACGGACAACUUGAAAAGGGCGUUGUCAGCGUGGCCGGAGAUUGUCAACUUCAAACCCUUUUCAGAGUGUCUGGAGACGUAUUAUGCCCGAUGGACGAGUGAACAAUAG